AUGCCUAAGUCCAACUCGUUGAGACACUCCUCGGACUCGAGUAGACCGACUUCAGCCUCUACCCAGCAGACAUCGGUUUCAAGCAGACAAUCCGAUAGACAACAAGGUCGGACUGCGAACCUGCUUGCUGAUGUCGACAACUUGGAGGUUGCGGGUCCGCCCAAAUUGAUGCUAGAAACUAAGUCCAUCAGGCGUGUGACUCGGUCUAUGACUGGCUCCCUUAAAAGAAAGGUUUCCGCGCCUUCUGAGAUAGCACCGACGUCGCCUCAGAGAAAAAAGAUCCAGAAACAAGGCAAAUCGGCGACCAAGGAUUCACCAUGGGACCCAACACCGCGAGGAAUCCUCAAUUUCGAAGAUCUUGAUCUUGACAAGUCUUAUGUGGGUGACUAUAAAAUUGAGGAGCUCCCACAACCGAAACGAUACCCAAGACAGAAGAGGUGGAAGUGGGAUGGGGAUGAACCUUUGACAGAUCUUGCACGACUACGCGCGCUGUAUCCAGACUGGAAUUCGAGUGAGCCUGAUCUUGCAGAAAGCAGUGACUUUGAUGGUCAGAUUUCCAGAUGUCAUGAGCGAAUUGAAGACAAUAUAAUGCCUCAUAUUUUCGAACAAAAACUUUAUCAAUAUGAGAAAUCUCUAGCCAGGCGGCAAGAGCUUAUCAAGCGAGUCAAGGCACCUCCACAUAGCAGUUGGGACGUUGUUGAAAGGAUAGAUAGACUACAUCAAAUCCAAGAAGAAAUCGAGAAGCAAGGCGACGGAUAUGAGCAGAUCCCAAAUGUUCGUUCCAUUUUAACCGCCUAUCAGUCAGGAGAAUUGGAUUGGACGGGACUUGUUACCUACUGGUCUCAUGGCAACCAGAUAUCCCAACCCAGACCAUUUGAUUGGGAUGAGUUCGAGGCUAUCAACAAAAAAUACGAGGGAAGCAAGAGCUUUUGGGUAGAGGGAACCCAUCAGUAUAAUGGUGCCUUUCGUCUUCCCGGGUAUGGAGACUGGGCCGAACUAGAAGUCACGCACGACACCGGAGCUGGCUUGAUGAUGAUUUACAAGUCUGAUCUGAUGCGAAUCACGGGUGCAUGUCGACCACCUCAGUAUCCAGGAAUCCGUAUCAUCGGUGCUAGCCAGAUCCUUACGGCUGGUGAACAGAUACUAGUACAGCCUGUCAUUCAGAUAGAAGUGACGAUUCUCGAUGCGGAUAACAAGCGGAUGUCCCAAUGGACUCGAACUGCGUGCAUCAUUAAAGAUUUCGAUUAUGACCCUGAAUAUAGCAUGCGGCUGGACGGCCCGUGGUUGAGACACAUGUUGUACACAGGAUCAGCACGAAACAACCAUCACAAUCGACUAUAUGUUUCUACCUCUAAGGCCGCGUUGAGGCUGCCCAAUAUCCCCAAGAACAAGAGACGUCCACCAUCUUUCCCGGAUCUGGUAUCGGUUACCCCUGCCAUUAUCGAUAUCGAGGUACCCGACUUUGCUACACGAGUUUUAACUCCCAGGCCUUUCCCCAAGGCCGCUAAAAAUGUGGUGGACUACGUCCCCAAGGCUGAACGCCAUAGCUAA